GGUGUCCGGGUAGGUCGAAAAUUAAAAGCUAAAGUAUUGGCUUAAUUAAUAAUCAUGAAAAUCAGAUUGGAGUAGCAGUCUAGCAUAGCAGCACAGAACUCAAUAACUCACUGCCCAACGCACAACACAACACAACACAACACAAUUGCUUCGACUUCCAGCCCCUUUUCCCCGAUUCAAAAUCUCAAAACAUAUGAAUUCUGGGAAUAAAAAAAGAGAAAUUGUCUUGGGAUGUGUAUCCAAGUUAGUUUAUUCUCGCCGGAGAAACAAAAAAGAGCCCAUAAAAGAUGUCAUACAAAUUGACUCCCAAGUCGAUUUUGCGAAUCAGGAAGGAGAAAUUGACUCAAGACACGGAGAUGCAAUAGGAAGUGUUGUUGAUUCAAUUUUUCCGUUUAAUUCAAAGAUUAUUCCUCGGCGAGCGCGAACAAAAUGCAAGCGGAAAUUCAAAGGCAGUAAAGCUCUCUCUAGAUCCAAGGAAAAGCUUGACAGUCAAGUCUUUGAAAAUUACUUAGCGAAAAUAUGGAAGAGUUUCUCAGAAGAUAGGAAAAUGUCAUUCGCAUAUUUGGACAGUUUAUGGUUUAGCCUUUACAGGAAUCCUUCAUCUAAAGAUAAGGUGCUGAGUUGGAUUAAUAAAGAACGUAUUUUCACAAAGGCGUAUGUUUUUGUGCCUAUAGUCUGCUGGGGUCAUUGGAACCUCUUGAUCUUCUGCCAUUUUGGUGAGAACUUGGGGUCCGUUGCCGAAUCACGUUGUAUGUUGUUACUCGAUUCUCUUGAAAUGGCCAAUCCAAGACGACUUGAACCAGAGAUAAGAAGAUUUGUACAAGACAUUUAUAAAGCAGGGGACAGGCCAGAGACUAAGCAUCUAAUAUCUAAAAUCCCAUUAUUAGUGCCCAAGGUGCCACAACAAAAAGACGGUACUGAAUGUGGGAACUUCGUCCUUUAUUUCAUUAAAUUGUUUUUGGAGCUCGCACCUGAUCAUUUUAGCAUGGACGGGUACCCUUACUUUAUGAAAAAAGAUUGGUUUACAUUUGAAGAGUUGGAUCGGUUUUGUGAGAGCUUGACCCAUUGAACUGAAUGUCCCCAAAUUUGAGUAGACUGGGACUGAUAUACACUACUAUACAGCAUUGUCGAUUGUUUGAUUCUACUUGCAUGGUAACGGAGAAUUUGUUCAUAGAAGGCAGACAUAUCCGGUUGGUUUAUCCGGAAGAAAGUACAACUAUCAUAAGUAUGUAGUUCAACCUAAUAAGAAUUUCACCAGGACUGCUGAAAUUGCCGCUUACAGUACUAGUUGGCUUCUAUUGAUGCAAUUGUUGACAUUUUUAUGCAGUGUUUAGAUUGAUAGGAGCAGUAUAUAUAGUUUUGUUAGUAAAUAUUGGUACUCAGUAUUAGUAAUAUUGUGUGUGUUCAUUGUCGAUAUUAUGGAAUAAGGAUCUUAGUUUUAAAAUGGUAAACAUGAUUUGUUCAUGUGGGAAAUAUUUGAUAUAUGAGAAGAAAAAAAUUUCCUGUCAUGAAAGAAAUAUUUUCAACCAGGUGACUAUACCUGUAUCUGUAUAUAAGACUUGAUGGAAAGUGCUUGAAAGUUUUUCAGUGAUUUAUAAAAAUCAACUUGUAAUUCA